AAAAUGAGUAAUAUAAAAAUACAAAGUAUCGCUAUAAUUGGUAAACAGAAUAAUCCAUUAUAUAUUAAAAAUUUUAGUUUAUCUCAUCCUGAUUUAAAGUAUCAUUAUAUUGCUCAUACAUCUUGUGAUGUUAUCGAAGAAAGAGUUGGUGCCGUCGGAUCUGAAGCAGCUGAUACUUAUCUUGGAUUAUUAUAUGCAAUGGAGGAUUUAGAUGUAUAUGGAUACAUAACGAAUACUAGAGUGAAAUUCGUGGUGGUUCUUUCCGUUACCGAUGCAAUUAAAAAUACAGAUAUGAAGAAUUUAUUUAAAAGAAUUCAUAAUGCAUAUAUCAAUCAAGUCUGUAACCCAUUUUAUAAUUUAGAUGGAAAGAGAUCAAUUGUCAGUAAAAGAUUUGUUGCAGCUAUUGAUGCUAUUGGAAAUAUGCCUUCUGAUGGUGAUGAUUAUGAUAGCUCAUAAAGAGGAAAAUGCGAAUGUUGUAAGUGAUAGAAAAUAAUUAAUUUGUGAUAAUAAUAUGUAAUUUUUUUUCUUCUCGAAUAUAGAAGUUAUCAUACUAUUAUUUUUAUUUUUUUUUUACAAGAAUAAAAAUCUAAUUUUAGGAUAAUAAUAGAUAAUGGGUAUAUUUAUAGAUUUUAGUAGCCGCGUAAUCUUAAGUUCCGAUCAGAAAUGGAUCAAAC